AUGAGAAAGGAAGUUGCACUCAUGCCUUCUUUAGAAGUCAACGUUCAACGUUUACCGGAGUCUGUGAUAGCUGCUUUAGAAGGCCCAGUUGUAAAACAAGACUACAAAUUACUCCAGUCUCUGCCUGCAUUAAAUAUGACUACCGUUGCAAUGUUGUUGCGACGAAAAAUCACAGAGAACUCACCAAUGCCAUUAUUAGAAGUUGCGAUAGAAAGGUUGCCAAAGCAUUUGAUGAGUGCAUUUGUGUCCCAAACAAAUGGACGCAUUUUGAUGCCCCUAUCAGAUAUCAACAUAUCACCUGAGACAUUACCAACAUUGAAAGUGUCAUCUGCAGCGAAUGUUUUAAAGCAGAAGGUUGCAUUAAAGAAAGCAUUGCCUUCACUGGAAGUUACAUUGGAACGCUUGCCAGAGGAUUUGAUGGCCAUGCUAUUGGCUCAAAGGAAAGUUCUAUCAGUGGUGGCUAAAGGAAGGAAACAAAUUGGCCAACGGAAGAAGCAUACUGCCUCAAAACUAAAAAUCGCUAAUUCUGCUUUAUUAAUGUAG